GCAACACCGUCACCGUAAACCAAAACAGUAGUUAUUAAGUAUACAUCGUGUAUAAUGUGUAACUAUAUUAUAUUAAAGCCUUUAUGUGGAGAUACAUAACGAUAUAUAUAUUUAAUAUUUAUAUUAAUUCUCAAUAAUAACGAAUACACGUCAUAUACUAUAUUAAAAUAUUUACUUCCGAAUCGCUGUAUAGUGAAAUGUAUGAUGAAGAGAUCGACGUCAAGGAUGCCGAGGAUGUUGAAAGUGAAUCAUCAGACAGCAGUAUUGACAAUGAUAGCAGCAGAGAUCUUAGGACACCCAGUGCAAAGCAACGAAAACUUUUGAUGUCCAGUGGUUCAGGUCGGAGGUCCAGGUCCAGACUCCGAGCCGUAGAUUACGAAGAAGUAGAUGCGGCCGUGAAAGAAGAUCCGGACAGUUUUGACGUGCACGAAGCUCAGAGGGAUUACAAUAAAGAUGUUGAUCUUCUACACUUGUCCCAAGAUAUUAAAGAUGUAUUUAAAUACAUAUCAAUGUACUAUCCUCAGAAGACGAAACUUGAGUUUAAGUUGCAGCCGUUCAUACCGGAUUACUUGCCUGCCGUUGGUGAUGCCGAUGCGUUUAUCAAAGUGAUUGCGCCUGAUCCUUCUAUACAGGCGGGCCUUGGUCUAGAGUACUUGGACGAACCAUGCCUAAACCAAAGCGACCCGUGUCUGCUUAACCUACAGCUUCGGGCGUCAAGUUCGUCAUCAUCCAAGUCGUUGGUGGUGAAAAAAUUGGAGAGCGCAGAAAAAAAUCCAAAAGUCAUUGACCAGUGGAUACGUGACAUAAAUGAAUUGAACCGUGGAAAAACAUCCACUUUUUUUUACUCCAAAAAAAUGCCAGACGUAGAGACAAUAAUGGAACCAUGGAUGGGCGGAAGUGAUCAGAAGAACAAAGAUAUGCCCGAUUUUGAAAACGCAGAUUUAUUGACUCUUAUUGAUGAAGUCUGUGAUUACUUUGGAAUACCAAAAACUGACACGAAAAUUGAGUCUCUACACCUGUUAUUUUCCGUAUACUUGGCUAUCAAGAACUCUCGGACUCAAAAUACAACCGUUCUAGCUUCGGACAAUAGCAGUUAAUCGCAUUACUUCUAAACACAAAAGUGUUAUUUACAUUGUUAAUCUACGGUAUGGUCAUUCAGUGUAUUAUAUGUAUUUAUUAUAUUAUCCUUAUUUACUUUGUAUUUUGUAUGUGUAAUAAAACAGUAAUAUAUUUUAAACAA